CCGAAGACUUUCGUGUUCAAGCGCGGGAAGCAUGGGGUAAGCAGCUCGGAUCUGGAGCAGGAUGUACGGCGCAUGAUGCUGCCGAAUACGGCCGCUAACCUUCGGGAUUCCCGUCGUAACUCACUGCGUGACUUUGUGUCCGUUGCGGGGCCCCUCGGUGUGAGCCACUUCAUCAUGAUGUCGGCAACGGAGAACAGCUCCUACGUGAAACUGGCCAAGACGCCGAGAGGUCCCACGGUGACGAUGCGCAUUCGCAGCUACUCGCUGAUCCGGGACGUGCAGGCGGCGGCCAUUCGACCGCGAGUGCCGGUCAAUGCCUUCAAGACCACCCCGCUGGUGGUUAUGAACGGCUUCAGCGGCAAUGACACGCUGCGGCUGCUGACCUCCAUGUUCCAGGGAAUGUUCCCCGCGCUUAACGUCCAGCGAACCAAGCUGAAGAGCUGUCAGCGAGUGGUGCUGCUAACCAGAGACAAAGACUCAGGCAUUAUCCGGCUGCGUCACUACGGCAUCUCGGUGGCCCCCUCGGGUUUGAAGAAGAGCGUCAAGGCACUGCUAUCCCGGCGCGAGGUACCGGACCUGGGGUCCUUCCGAGACGUAUCGGACUUCGUCACCAAGAGCGGAUACGGCUCGGAGAGCGAGGGUGAGGACGCGGAGGCCAGCAGGGUGACGCUUGCUCAGGACAUGGGUCGCGGCAACGUGGCCUCCCGGCAGAGCCGGGUGCGGCUGCAUGAGCUGGGACCCCGCAUGGACUUGGAGCUCGUCAAGAUCGAGGAGGGGUUGUGCGACGGAGCGGUGUUGUUCCACGCGCACGUGAACAAGACUCGGGAGGAGGUGGCGGAGCUGGCGGACCGGCAGGAGCAACGCCGGGCCAUCAAGGAGCAGCGCAGGAAGCAGCAGGUACGGGCCUGGGGUCGGGGGGGGGGGGGCGGGAGGGGGAGGGGGAGGGGGAAAAGGUUUUUAUUUUAA